GUUUUACUGAUGCAGAACUUCAGUAAUAUUGUUCAAAAUUCUUUAUUCACAUUACAAGUGUAUGCUAACACUAGGCCAAAACAGCUGAAUACUUUUUGGUGCAUGAUCAAGAGUCAUGUGCAAGUACUUCCACAGUUGUGUGUCUGGUAUGGGGAAUGUGGAGUUGCUUCUGGAGACAAGAGAUACAACUGUGCUUACGAUGGACCACCAAUAGCAUUACCAGAGGAUGGCUAUGACUUAAUGCAGGAACUCUGUCCAGGCUUAUUCAUUGGCAAUGUUAGCACCUGCUGUGAUGUUAAUCAACUUCAGACUUUGAAAAACAACUUGCAGCUGCCUCUGCAGUUUCUUUCCAGAUGUCCAUCAUGUUUUUACAACUUGAUAAACCUCUUCUGUGAACUGACUUGCAGUCCAAAUCAGUCUGACUUUUUGAAUGUUACAAGCACCAUACCUUAUUAUGAUCCAGUUUUAAAAGAGAACAAAAGUAGUGUUACAGAGCUGCAGUACUUUAUUGGAGAACGCUUUGCAAAUGCAAUGUAUAAUGCCUGCAAAGAUGUGGAGGCUCCAUCAAGUAACGUUAAAGCACUGGGGCUGCUGUGUGGGAAGGAUGUCAAGGACUGUAAUGCAACCAACUGGAUUGAGUACAUGUUCAGUAAAGACAAUGGACAAACUCCUUUCAGCAUUAUUCCUAUCUUUUCAGAUGUUCCUGUCCAUGGAAUGAAUCCUAUGAACAAUGCUACCAAAGGCUGUAAUGAGUCUGUGGAUGAUUCAACAGGACCAUGCAGCUGUCAAGACUGUUCAAUUGUUUGUGGUCCAAAACCUCAGCCCCCUCCAUUGCCUGCUCCUUGGCUUUUGUUUGGUUUGGAUGCUGUGUAUGUCAUCAUGUGGAUCUCCUACAUGGCAUUUCUACUCAUAUUUUUUGCACUAGUUUUUGGAGUCUGGUGUUACAGGAGGCGGCACUUUGUCUCAGAGUACACACCAAUUGACAGCAAUGUAGCCUUUUCUGUGAAUCCCCAAGGUGACAAUGGGAAAACUACCUGUGGUGAAAGGCUUGGUGAAAGGUUUGAGAAUGGCCUAAGGAUGACAUUCACAUCAUGGGGGGCUUUCUGUGUCAGAAAUCCACGUCCUGUUAUCCUCUUCUCUGUGGUCUUCAUUGCAAUGUGCUGCUCCGGCUUUGUAUAUAUUAAAGCAACUACAAACCCUGUGGAUCUUUGGUCAGCCCCAAGCAGCCAAGCUCGCAAGGAGAAGGAGUACUUUGACACACACUUUGGGCCUUUCUUUCGUACUGAACAACUUAUUAUUCAAGCACCAAACAGCCGUCCAGACACCUAUUCACCUUACCCGUCGGGAGCAGAUGUUCCUUUUGGGCCUCCACUUACCAAAGACAUUCUCCAUCAGGUGCUGGAUUUGCAGGAUGCUAUUGUUAACAUAACUGCUUCUUUUGACAAUGAGACUGUAAUGCUGAAAGACAUCUGUCUGGCUCCUCUUGCUCCCUACAACAACAACUGCACUAUACUGAGCGUACUCAACUACUUUCAGAACAGCCACUCUGUUCUAGAUCACACUAUUGGGGAUGAGUUCUUUGUCUAUGCUGACUACCACACUCACUUCUUGUACUGUGUCCGGGCUCCAGCAUCACUGAAUGACACAAGCUUGAUUCACGAUCCCUGCUUAGGAACAUUUGGUGGACCUGUAUUUCCAUGGCUGGUGUUGGGAGGAUAUGAUGAUGAUAACUAUAAUAAUGCUACAGCUCUUGUUAUUACUUUUCCUGUCAACAACUACUACAAUGACUCAAGAAAGCUAAUGAAAGCCUUGGCAUGGGAAAAAGAGUAA